AUGAGAGCUGAUGAUAUUAUCAGUAAAACUUACAGCAUUCCAGACUGUUGGCACACAGCAUUAACUAAAAAGGGCCAACAAUUUGAAACUGUUAAUGAUUUAAGACUAGCGUUGCAAUACUAUUCCAUGGCGAAAAAGUUUGACUACGACUUUGUAAAGAAUGAACCUAAACGUAUCCGAGUUAUUUGUCGAUAUAAGGAGAUGUAUGUAUGCCCUUGGAUGUUGUUUGCAUCCCCUGUAAAAAAUAAAAAAAGAAUUGAAAUCAAAAGGUUUGUGAAUAAACAUAGUUGCGGACAACAUACUAACUUGUCAGGGCAAUCACGGGCAUCUCGUAGAUUCGUAGCAGAGCAAUUGCGACCUGUCUUAAAAGUUCGACCUGAAAUCCGCCCAAAGGAUGUGCAAAAGGAGUUCCUCACUCGAUAUGGAUUGAGACUUGAAUACAGUAAGAUAUGGUGGGGCAAAGAAAGAGCGCAGGAGGCUAUGUACGGUGAUAGUUAUGAGUCUUACGAUCAAUUAAGAUGGUAUGAGCAAAAGGUGAAGGAAACAAAUCCAGGAAGCUACAUUUGCAUUGACCAGAAUGAAGGAAGGUUCAAAAGACUGUUUAUAUGUUAUAUACUGUACGAAAGGCCAGACUCAUAUAAUCCUCCCCAUCAACUGGUUAUUAUUUCUGAUGCCGACAAGGGAAUCCAAGAAGCGGUGAGAGAAUAUUUUACUGAAGCAAUUCACUCAAGAUGUGUUCUGCACCUGGUUGAAAAUUUUAGAUCUAAGCGAAAGGAUUUGGGAUUGAAGGCAAAGGACACACAUGUUUUGGAGAAUUUGCUCCAAUCAGCUUGCUAUAAAUACACUGUUGUGGAAUGGAACGACUACAUGAAGGAUAUAUAUGAGAUGUCUCCAGCUGCAUAUGAGAUUGUAAUUAACUACUCGCCAGAGCAUUGGGCGAAUGCCUUCUUCCCUGGCAUUAGAUAUGGUCAUGUAACCUCUAACGUUGCAGAAUCCUUUAACAGCUGGAUACGUGAAGCUCGAAUGCUGCGUAUCCUGCAAAUGGUGGAGCAUAUCUGCAAGCAAAUUAUGACUCGCAUGAACAACAGACGCAUAAUGGCUGAAAAGUGGACAAGCUAUCUUUGUCCUAAAGCUGAGCAGAUUGUUAGAGAACAUAUGGAAAGAGGAUCUACGUUAGAGAUUAAGCAAUCUAGAGAUGAUAUAUUCGAAGUGCAAUCAUAG